UUCCCGGAAGGAGCUUGUUGCAGUUAUCACAUGUACCUUUACGAUAGAAACUGGAAGAUUUUAUACGCUCUCACAGAGAUAUGAUUUGUGGUUUAGCAGAUAAAUUAAAAUAUUGGCGGAGUAUGAUUAAUAUUAUAGCGUUAAAUAGAUAUAUUGAAUAGAUUUGUUAAUGAAUCUCGUGUUUCUGUCGUUUUGCUACUGAAAAGGGUUUUUAAAAAUGUCCAGUGCUGUUUUAUUAUCAUUGCACCAGCAACUCAAAAAAUGUUUUGAGACGUUAAAAGCGAAUAAAACCAUUUGGGAUGGUGAAGUAGCUGAAUGUAAACCUCUCAUGAGCUCUCUUGGAAACCUUGCAGUGCAGUUGAAGGCAUUGAAAAAUGUUCAGAUUGCAAGCACACCUCUUGCCAAUUUCCCUAGUUUGAACGAACGCCUUCAUUACAAACUGUCACUGGCUGUGGAUGCAGUUUUGGGAAAACUAGCUGAGAAAAUGGAUGCUCUUCAGAAGGUGCGGGAUGCCAUCAGUCAACAGGUGUCUGCUGUUUUCCAGUUCUAUGAGAAGAACACAGAAGCUCUUGACAUUAAUGCUUGUGUCACCAGAACAGCCAUCUGUCCUUCUAGUUCAGACAUGUUAGAGUGGCUUCAAGAUGCAGAUCGCUAUUACCGCCUACAAUUAGUGCAGAGAAGGAACCUCCUGCAGACGCUGACACCCAAUGACCUUACGUUAAUGGAAACGGCACCGAAGAGAUGGGAAUCUCUACAUUCAGCUAGUGGAGAGGAGAGAAUUGCAGAUGCAUUGUGUCAAGUAUCAUUCUUCAUGGAGACUGAAUGAAUGUCAGCUAUGUUAUCAAGAAGUCAUUUUCACAUCAUGUGUUGACUGUUGUUCUCAGUUUGGCAAUGAAGGAUCCUUAAAAAAGGACAUGGUAAUGGUGGAACUAAGACUUCUGGAUUAAAUUUCUUUUGCUAUGGACAUUAGCUUGAUAAAGGCUGUAAGAGCAGUGCUCUAUUUUAAUAAAUGUGGUUAGUUAAUUUAUGCUUUUUAUUUUUUAUAUUGAUAAAACAAU